AAUUCACAGUGCAAACACUGACUCGGCGACGAGCGAGCGACGCCGUCCCGUGGCGAGUCCGCUGCUCGUGUGCGCGCUAUGUGAGUGCAAUAUUUUGACGUAACCGCGAAGGAUGUUCCCGGGUUUCCUGAAAAUGCUCUCCGUCCCGUGACCUCCCGGGAGGGCUGGCCCGAGGCCGCGCGCCGCGAGAGAGAGAGAAUCGCGAUUUUCGCGCGGAUAAUUCCGAGAAAUGAGAGCCUCGUGGCCCGUCCUGAUUUUCACCGUGAUCCUGGACCCGUUGUUGCUCCUGGGGGAGGCGGUAUGUCACCGUAAUGACACCAACUUAAGUGCCGCUGACCAAAGGUCGGGAGAGACUUUCCUCAGACGUAGACGGGAGCUCACUUUUCCAAAGGGAAGCGCUUUCGUGAUGACCCUGAGCCUUCUCAAGGCAAUUCAGCUUAAUGAACCAAAAGGUUGGAACUUGGAUCUAGAGUUUGAUACUAUUUGGCCUAUACCUAGCCAGGAAGAUUUGAGAAAAGUAGCGAUCAAGAGGCCGUCCAAACUAAAACGGCGACAUAGACGCGAACUCUAUGCCAAUUUGGAAUUGGCAUUGGACAGCCAAAACUUGCCGGGACGAUUAUGCAUUCUACGCACAAUUUGCGAGGCGGAAACGAUCUUAAGUCCUCCGGGAUUUUCAAUUAUCGAAGAUGCUAUACGAAUUAUUUUAAGGAAUUUUGAGGAUGCUGAUAAUCGCGAUUGUUACGACGUCGCGUAUCGAACAAAGGAUGAUUGUGAGGUUGUUUACCCGUGUCCAUUUUCGUUGUUGAAAUUAUUGUUAUAUAAUUUAUAUACAGAAGGAACGUAAGAG